UUAUUCACAGCCCCCCUCCUCCAGCUCCACACCCUCUGGCCACAGUUCAGCUCAUCCCUGCCCUGAGCAGUGUUAGUGCUGUCCACAGUGUUGCCAGGCAUCCCUGGAAGAGGAGCAAGCAGGGUAAGGAUCGUUGCCAGAUCUGGAGCUCAUCUGAAAUACAUUAAACCCUGGAGAAGAACGAUCCUCUGUAAUCCUGCUCCACUGAGGGCUCUCAUUUGCUGCCAGAGGUUCAUCCAUACAUGUAGCUGCAGCUCCUCCAAGAGACUGACUGUUUGUCUCCUCAAGUCAAACUAUUUUCCGUAGUCCAGAGGGCAAGCCCGGAAAGAGAGAGAGCUCAAGGUGCUUGAAGAAGUGUGUGCUGUCUCCAGAAUAACUUGGAAAUAAAAGUUGUCAGUGUUGCAACUGUUUUUGGGGAAGAUCCAGACUUCAAACGAAACAUCAGCCCUAUCGUUCCUCGGCGUGUGCAGGGGAGGUUUCAAGGACAAGAGAGCAGCGGUCACAUAAAUACAGGAAACACCUGAAGGUUUUCCAAGGUUUAGCCAGAGGAAAUCACUUCCAACCAACAGACACAACUCUGACACUGAUUUUUUGUAAGAAGCUCACAAUCUCAUUAUUCAAUCAGCAUGUCACGCUGGGGGCGUAAAAAUGUGAAGAAGGCGCCUGAGGUGAUCCGCACUGUGACAGAGGGGCUCAAGUCCCUGUAUCGAAAGAAGCUGCUGCCUCUGGAGCAGUACUAUGGCUUCCAAGAUUUCCACUCUCCCAGUCUGGAGGAUGCAGACUUUGACAACAAGCCUAUGGUGCUGGUGGUGGGACAGUACUCCACAGGGAAGACAACGUUCAUCAAGUAUCUACUGGAGCAGGAUAUUCCUGGGAGCAGGGUCGGACCUGAACCCACCACUGACUGCUUUACUGCCAUCAUGCAUGGGGAGGUGGAAGGAGUCAUCCCCGGGAACGCCCUUAUAGUAGACCCUAACAAGCCUUUCCGCAAACUCAACCCAUUUGGAAACACAUUCCUCAACAGGUUCCAGUGCGCCCAGAUGCCCAACCAGGUCCUGGAGAGUAUCAGCAUUAUUGACUCACCGGGGAUCCUGUCCGGGGCCAAGCAGAGAGUGAGCCGAGGUGAGCGAGGUGGCAAAGGCUAUGACUUCCCAGCCGUGCUGCGCUGGUUUGCGGAACGCGUGGACCGCAUCAUCCUGCUGUUUGAUGCCCAUAAACUGGAGAUAUCGGAUGAGUUCUCCGAGGCCAUUGGUGCCCUGAAGGGCAACGAGGACAAGCUGCGCGUGGUGCUCAACAAGGCAGACAUGGUGGGCACGCAGCAGCUGAUGCGCGUGUACGGCGCUCUCAUGUGGUCCCUGGGGAAGGUGUUUGGGACCCCGGAGGUUCUGCGCGUCUACAUCGGCUCCUUCUGGUCAGAGCCACUGAUGGUUACAGACAACCGUAAGCUGUUUGAGCUGGAGGAGGAGGAUCUGUUCAAUGACAUCCAAAACCUUCCUCGCAAUGCAGCUUUACGCAAACUAAACGACCUGGUCAAGAGGGCGCGUCUGGUUAGGGUCCAUGCCCACAUCAUCAGCUAUCUGAAGCAGGAGAUGCCUUCUGUCUUCAGAAAGGACAAUAAAAAGAAGAAUCUGAUCUACCAGCUGCCAGUUAUUUUCUCUAAGAUCCAGCUGCAGCACAACAUCUCGGCUGGAGACUUCCCAGAUUGUGCUAAGAUGCAGGAGCAACUGAUGGUCCAUGAUUUCACCAAAUUCAAAACCUUGAAGCCUAACCUGAUGGCAGCCUUGGAUGAGUUGCUCGCCGCUGACAUCGCCAAACUGAUGCCCCUCCUGCGGCAGGAGGAGCUGGAAGCAGGCGAGCAGCCGGGUGUGCAGGGUGGAGCCUUCCUGGGGAACCGCGCCGGACCGUUCACUGAGGGCGACCACUUUAAUGAGGAGAACGGAGAGGGAUGUGAGGAGGAGGAGGACUGGGUGGUGACCAAAGACAAGCCCAAAUACGAUGAAAUCUUCUAUAACCUGGCUCCCAAUGAGGGGAAACUGAGCGGCAUGAAGGCUAAGGACUGGAUGGUGAGUUCCCGCCUGCCCAACUCGGUGCUGGGUCGCAUCUGGAUGCUGUCAGAUGUGGACUGCGAUGGCAUGCUGGACGAUGAAGAGUUUGCCCUGGCUGGCCACCUGAUUGAGGUCAAGCUGGAGGGCCACGGCCUACCCCCUGAGCUCCCCACCCGUCUGAUCCCACCCUCCAAACGCAGGCAGAAGGGUUCCGAUGCAUAGACAUGUCACAAACUCCCUGGAGCUGAGAGACACUAUUCUCUAUCACACUUCUGCUACCGUUUGUAUUUGCCCUUGUUUUCCCCCAGACCCGUGUCAAAACGUCUCAUGUAAUCUGCUCAACUUUUCCUCUGACAUUGAAUUGGUCCUGUACAAUGGAACAUACUGUAUUUAAGUGUAAGUCUUACCUUUGAGACUAUAACACGGGCUUACUGCAAAAGAUUGUAUAUUUAGAGUCACACGGGUCUGGCUGCUUCUUCUCCUCAAAGUUUGCUUUUUUUCACGAUGAACUUUUACAAAUAUAUCUACUUUUGUUUGCUGAGCAGGAGGAAAGAAAGGCUGGCGCCCUCUAAGCGAGCCAUAUGCAGCAUAUAUUUCAGAGAAUACCUAGCAAAACUGUAUUAGAAACUUGACACUAAAAUGUAUCAUGCCUCCAGUGACUAGACUGGAGUGGCACAGCUAUCUGUAGGAUUAUGUAAUUUUCAGAUAUGGUCAUUCCAGUGAGGGUAUCAUUCAAAAAUGUAUUUACAUAGACUUACUUUGCUCACGAGAUUUGUUUAUAGUAUUUCCGACUCAAACUGGCAGCACAGAACAAUAACCUGAAUGCAUUUCACUUUGAUGCUUUCCAUGCCACAAUUUUGGGUGUACUUUAUAUAUUAUUUUUGUAAUUGUUUCUGUUAUUUUGUAUGUGCAGGAGCAAGACCUCAGUUAUACGGAAUGAUUGAUUUAUUACUGACUACUGUACACAGCUCCACGAACUGUUCUUAUGUUAACUGUUAUUGUAACCGAAUAAAAAAUUCCCUGACUGUG